CUAGGGGAAACGGCUUAGCUUGAAUCUUGAGCCGCAAGCUAUAGAACUUAUAGAACUUAUGUAUUUGCACAUAUGGUCCGUGCACAUUCUCCAUAACCCCAGAACAAGCUUCGUGUCAGCUCAUCGCGUUUCAUGUCCUUGUUAGAGGACGCUACUAAGGAGAUCCUCUCGUCGAUAGGUAUAAUAUAUUCCCUUCGUAUUGUCAACUAAGGAAGAUCCUCUGCACGUAUCGAGAAUCAUUCAAGGGUCUCUGCUUUGGAAAGCAGCUCCUAGCGACUUGGCCCAUCGUAGAUCUCCCCUGACUUUUUCGACAGGGCUGUAAGAUGAUAUCCUCUUUAUUUAUGAUUGCCUUUCUCGUUUCAACUCCUUCUCUUCUUGUUUAACCUUUUUUGCCUUCUGUUUGAUGUAAAAUCAUUGCCAUUCGUUUCUUCGCACCAGGUGUGCCUUUUUAUUACUAUCAUUAUUAUUGUUGUUGUUAUUAAAUCAACAUGUCAAAAGCAUACCAGACAGUCGCUCCGGACGAAGAGCCUUUUCUUGCUAAGGAAGAAGGGGAAGUAGAUGAUGAGCAAUGGACGGAGAACAGACAGAGCAAAUCUAUACUGGACCGUCUUAAAAGAUUGAGUCCACAUUGGGCUUGGAUUUGUCAUGCUAUUCUAUUAUCACUUUCUGUAACAUUUUUCGCGUUAUCAUUCUGCUCGAAGGCUUCAGAGACGACCGACGCGGAGUACACAGAAAAAUACUCAGCCUGGUCACCGGCUGCUAGUGCUGUGAAGUACGAGACGCAACAUUUCGACUUGCCUCCUUUUACAGAAGGACCCUUCGUCGGCAUGGGCGAUGAUGUGGAUAAGGCAUGGGAUGAGAUUUCAGCUAUCGGUGACACGAUGAUAUCCCGCGACGAGAUGGUAAAACUAGGUCUGAACCCCGAUACCUCCCUUGCCAUCACGGACCCAAGAGAUGGGAAGCCGGGCUAUCGGGUCGCGAUCGAGGUCUUCCAUCAAUUGCAUUGCUUGAAUUUACUGCGACAGAACAUAUAUAAAGAGUACUAUUCACCAUUAGGAGGAGAUACGUCCGAUGCGCCCCAGGAUCUGACGGGCCACCUUGACCACUGCAUCGACGCACUGCGACAAUUCGUCAUGUGUCAGGGCGACAUCGGUGUCUUCAGCUUCCACUUUCCGAUGGGUGAUGGAGACCCGUGGCCGAACUACAGUACGCCGCACACCUGCAGGAAUUUCGACAGCAUCCGACAAUGGGCUGUCGACCAUACAGUUCCAAGGGGACCUGACGAGCCGGAGCAUUGAGAUAUCUUCUCCAAAUAGAUCUAUAUAUAUAUAUAUAUGUAAUGACAAGCUAUUGAAUGAGCGAUUUUAUUCUAAAUAUAUUAUGAAGACCGAGUGUCGAAGCUGGCUUGAAAUAUUCGUCUUAUAACGUCCUAUAAUGUCCUAUAAUGAAUGUGAGACAACUGCCGUAAACCGUAAUGAGCCACAUUAUGCAAACAUGACCGUGGUUUUCGGGGUGGCAGAAUCACUUGAUAUUUGAGGUUUAAUUGAAGAGCGAGCUGUCAUCAGAAAGUUCGCCCCGUACCUUGGUUGUCUCAAUGGUGUAUUGAAUAUAACUGAAUAUACCAUGCAGAUACAUAGAUAACAUUGCAGAACCGGAGUGACGCCGGCGGUGCAAUAACGAAAUAGGAC